AUGGAUUUAAUGGAUGCUAUCAAAUUUCACGCUUCUGAUCUCCACGUUGAUCGACUUUCGAAUCUGCAAGAUUUCGAGAAGAUGAUUGGGGAAGUUGAGGAGGUGAAUAAAAUGCAAAAGCUUCAUAUCGAAGAAUAUGACAUUGAGAAUCAGGGUUGGGGUCCAAAGCGUGACUUUUGUCGUGAAUCUUCCUGUGGACAUGGGCACAUUGUGUACAGGAAUAGGUGUGCCUCUUCCUCAAUGGCGUCGAUUCCAUUCAGUGUGUCGCUUGAGUUCCAUACGAUUCGCGAUGACACUCAGAUUUUCGCGAUUGAAUUCGAUGACAAGAAUCUGUUCUAUAUUCUGGCAGCGGAACUACAA